AUGAAUAGAAAUCAACGGAUCAAAUUUGUGAUCAUUCUCAUUGCAAAACUACUAGGUUUAUUGAGUCUACUAUAUUUCUUUGUAUGUUCACUGGAUUUAAUGAGUUCCGCAUUUCGACUUAUUGGUGGAAAAAUAACUGGUCAAGUCUUUUCGGAAGGAUCAAUUCUUUCCAAUCCAAUCGCUGGAUUGAUGCUUGGCUUAUUAGCAACUGUUCUUGUUCAAAGUUCAUCAACGUCCACCUCAAUUGUGGUAGCAAUGGUUUCAUCAUCAAUUCUGCCUGUUCAGCGAGCCAUACCAAUCGUGAUGGGCAGACAAAAUCUUUAA